UGUUAGCAUUGUGUUGUUUGGCCAGUACAAGUGAGAGACCCUCAGGCUAGUCUCCCACACACCCACCCACCCAACCUUCCUCCAACACUAACGCCAGCUCUCGUGGCGCCCUGUGAGGUUGGUCAUCCUUGCCACUAGGGGGCAGCAAUGACAGUGACCUACUCACGCAGGGUGGCGGAUGCUGGUCUGGGGACCUUCUCCCACCUGCUCCUGCGCUGGAGGGGCAGCAUUUACAAGCUGCUCUACAGAGAGCUCAUCAUCUUCACCAUCCUCUACUUUGGCUUCAGCGUCCUGUACAGGUUCCUCUUGGAUGAAGGGCAGAGAAGGCUCUUUGAGAAACUGGCCAUCUACUGUGACAAGUAUGCCAAUCUGAUCCCUUUGUCCUUCGUACUAGGUUUCUAUGUGACACUGGUGGUGUCUCGCUGGUGGGGGCAGUUUGAGAGUGUUCCCUGGCCGGACCGUCUGGGAGCGUUGGUGGGUGGUCAUGUGAGGGGCGCUGACGAAUCAGCUCGCCUCGUACGCCGCACCCUGAUGCGCUACGCCAACCUAUCAGGAGUGCUCAUCUACCGAUCAGUCAGCACCGCCGUCUACAAAAGAUUCCCCACUAUGGACCACCUGGUCCAGGCAGGUCUGAUGACUGCAGAGGAGCUGAGGCAGUUGGAGGACCUGCCGUCUCCACACAACAAAUUCUGGGUUCCCUGUAUGUGGUUUGUCAACCUGACCAUGAGGGCCAGGGCAGAGGGGCGCAUCAACAACGAUGUGGCCCUCACUGCCCUCCUCAAUGAACUGAACACACUGCGUUCCCAGUGCAUGAAGCUGUACAGCUACGACUGGAUCAGCCUGCCUCUAGUUUACACGCAGGUGGUCACCGUGGCUGUGUAUAGCUUCUUCCUGGCUUGUCUGAUUGGCCGGCAAUUUUUAGACCCUAGUCAGGACUACCCAGGCCAUGACCUGGACUUCUACCUGCCUGUGUUCACCUUGCUACAGUUCUUUUUCUAUGUUGGAUGGCUAAAGGUGGCAGAACAGCUGAUAAAUCCCUUUGGAGAGGAUGAUGAUGAUUUUGAGACCAACUGGCUGAUAGACCGUAAUUUACAGGUGUCCCUGCUGUCGGUGGACGAGAUGUACGACGGCGUGCCUCUGAUGGAGAGGGAUAAGUACUGGAACGAGUCGGAGCCACAGCCUCCCUACACAGCGGCCAGCGCUGAACACAAGAAGCCCUCAUUCAUGGGCUCAGCGCUGGACAUCAGUGUGCCAAAGGAGGAGAUGGAGUUCCAGUCUAACCUGGAACAGAUAAAGGAGCACGAGGAGGCCAACCACUCCACCCCUCUGCUGGGGAACCUGUCCCGCCUGUUGGGGGUCCAGUCCCCCAGCUUCCCCCGACCCACGCCCACCUCUCGGGUGUCCCUGCUACGGCGGCGCCCUCGCGCCCCCCUCAGCCGCUUCCCCCUCCACCUGCACGGCGAGGCGCCUGCUCUCGCGGGGGGGCACGGCCGCGCUCACGAGCGUGACAUGGACUACGCCUUCUCCUCCAUCCCCAUGUGCGAGCGGCCGGGGUUCUACAGCUGCCCGCAGACGCCCAUCCACUCCAUGCCCCCGCCCGUGCCGCGGCCGAGGCCCACGCGCCGGGCGCAGGGCGACUGGACCCACAGCUCGUCCUCCUCCCUCGCCCACCCCGCGGUGGGCUCCCAGCUCUUGCCGCCUGACACACCAGGUCACCUGCCGCCACCCCCGUCCUCCGCGUUCCCAUGGCUGGGGGACGACGGGUCCGACACCCCCUCUGGUCCGGCUUUCUCUUUCCCAGAUCCUGCCCCCGAGCUCUGCCCCCUCCCGAAGCCCAGGCUCGGGCAGGGCCUUCCCUCCAGACACCCUCUGCCCCCUCGCCUCUCCCUGGACACCCCCUCUUCUGCAGACAGUCAGCCAGGACCCCUAAGUGCUAGAGUUAUGGGAGGUGGAGGAGGAGAGCGAAUUUUCUCCUUCACUCCUCCCUCCAGGCCUCUCAUUCAGACCACCAACAGCUCAAACAGCAUCAACGGUGGCGGUGGUGGCAGCAUCUCCGGCGCUACCGGUUCCCCUGCAAACCUGUGCAACGGCGCUGUGCCUCACCCGAACUUCCCCAGCGGUGGCGGCAGCGCCCAACGAUUGGUCAGUAGCAGCAACGGAGCGCUCAGCAGCAGCAGCAACCUCAACCCCAUCAGUGCCACUCCCACCAGCAGCCAGCCUGCGUCCAAUCAGCAGAACUUCCCUAAUGAUUCCGGGAUCUCAUUGACUGAGGAUCUUCUGAGGGGUCUGGUCUCCAAGGCGGGGCAGGGACAGGGAGAGCCAAUGGGGUGAGGGAACAAGAGUGAAACAGGAAGUGUGGCAGAGACUAAGGGACCUCUGACUUCCUGAAAACUGACCAUUGUCCCACUCUCUCAUGCUCAUCUGGCCAGAUUAACAUGGGAGACUGCGUUUGAGCCAAGAUACACUGAACAACACCACUGAUCAAUGUUUCACAAUCACCAUAAAUGCAUCAGAGUAUUCAAAUCUACAAGUCCGACUUUAGUUUAGGUAGCCUUUGGUAAAAAUGACAUCAGUAAUGUGUAAGGUUCUAAAAAUAUACAAUGUAUAUAUUACAUAUGUACAUACUUUUUACUUUUUACAAACUUUAACUGUAAAUAUGUCUGUCGUGUGUCAUUAUGCAGGAACAUAACAUUCUAGAAACAGUAACAGAAUGUAGUUUACUCUUAAGUACUCUACAGUAAGCAUAGUUAUACUGUGACGAUAGUACCUAAGGCGGCAUUAAAUAAAAGUUGACCGAUCAAUCCACUCCAGUCUCAUGGAAACAGCAGAGUAUAUUCUGCAGACAGAGUAGCUGGGCUCCAGUCAAUGGACUUGACCACAGACUAACAAGACCUCUGACAAGAUCUACAACAUAUGGAUGUUUCCUCUGGCCUAUUUGUGUGUGU